CUGCCGUACGAGUUUCUGGUGCCCUGCCUGUGCAUCGAGGCCUCCUACCCCCACCAUGACAGCCCACGCAGCAAGCGCUGCCCCUUCCGUGACCAGCUGGCUGCCUAUGGUCCCGAGCUGUGGUCCUCGGUGCGCUUCCACGACUACAGCACCAGUAACAAGGAUCAGAUGGCGAUGGUGCUGAGCACCAGCUGCCCCCUGCGCCCCAGGGCCACCCUGUGCUGGAGGGAGGCAGCAGCCGAGACUGCACCGUGUCACGACAUCCCCAACUCCACAGCCACAGAGGAGGAGCAGGCAUACACACUGGACAAGGUGGACGUGCACCCCCAGCUCUGCUUCCGAUUCUCCUACAGGAACAGCAGUCACGUGGAGUGUCCCCACCGGCCAGAGACCGCCUGGAAUGUCUCAGUGAGCGUUCGAGGGCUGCAGCUGCACCUGCACCUUACCUCCAGCAUCCCUGCGGCCUUCAGCGCAGCCCUGUGCCAGCACCGGGGCGGGCACUGUGAGCCCGAGGCCCCUCUCUACACUGUCACACGGCCGGAGGGCUCUGCCCCGCGGGAGCUGGCUCUGCUGCUGCCAGUGCAGGUCCUGGGCAGCUGUGUGCUGGUGUGGCGCUCGGACGUGCACUUUGCUCGGAAGCAGCUGCUCUGUCCCAAUG